GCUGCUCCCCGCUGGGCCGGGCCAGCAGCGCUCCCGUCCCGCCCGACCGAGGCCGGCCUGGUCUCGCGGGGACCUGCCCCGGAACCGCCCCCCGAGACGGUAGCGGCUCGGGGCUAUGUGGCGAGUGACGGGCUCCCUGUGCCGGGCCAGCUCCCGCGGCUGGCAGAUGCGGCUGCCCUGGCCCAGCCCCAGCCCCGCACCGACCCCUGCGAUGGCCUCUGCCUGCAGCCUCUCCUCGGCGGCCCCCUCCAUCCGCCUCUCGCCCGCCGCCCGCAGCCUCUUCGACGAGCCGCUGGCCAUCGCCGUGCAGGGCCUGGGCCCGCGGCAGCCGGUCACGCUGCGGGCGUCCUUGCGGGACGAGACAGGCGAGCUCUUCCAGGCCUGCGCCCGCUACCAAGCGGGGCACGACGGGGAGCUGGACCUGGCCCGCUGCCCUGCGCUGCCGGGAGGCAGCUUCUGCGGCCUGGAGCCCAUGGGGCUGCUCUGGGCUUUGCAGCCCGAGAAGCCCUUCUGGCGGAUGGUGAAGCGGGACGUGCAUAGCCCCUUCGUCCUGCAGCUGGAGGUGUUUGAUGGCCACGGGGACCCCCCCGGUCGGCUCCUGGCCCAGGCGCAGCACGAGCGGGCGUUCCUGCGGGAUGGGGUGCGGAGAGUCCCGGUGCGAGACGGGAGGAUCCGGGGGACGCUCUUCCUGCCUCCCGGAAAUGGCCCCUUUCCAGGCAUUAUUGACCUGUACGGAGUUGGAGGAGGACUCAUCGAAUACAGGGCAUGCCUGCUGGCCAACUAUGGCUUUGCUGUGCUGGCUCUGGCUUACUAUGGCUAUGAAGAUCUCCCCAAAAAGAUGAAGGAACUCCACCUGGAAUAUUUUGAAGAAGCCGUAAACUAUAUGUUACAACACACCCAGGUUAAAGGUCCGGGAAUUGGGUUGCUUGGAAUCUCCAAGGGGGGUGACCUGUGUGUCUCCAUGGCCUCCUUCCUAAAGGGUAUCACGGCCACUGCUCUUAUCAACGGCUCAGUGGCAAAUGUGGGCACAGCGCUCCGCUACAAGGACAUCACCAUUCCACCCCUUGGUUUCAGUGUAGAACGCGUCAAGAUCAGCGAGUCUGGGAUUGCUGAUAUUGUCGAUUCACUGGACAACCCACUAGAAGGGCCUGGCCGCCAAAGCUUUAUCCCUUUGGAGAAGGCUGAGUGUCGCUUCUUGUUCAUUGUUGGCCAGGAUGAUCACAACUGGAAAAGUGAAUUCUUUGCAGUUGAGGGGAGCAAACAUUUGCAAGCUCAUGGGAAGGAAAAGCCUGAGAUAGUCUGCUAUCCUGGAGCAGGGCACUACAUUGAACCCCCUUUUUUCCCAAUGUGUGCAGCCUCAAUGCAUGUGCUGGUUGGCAAGCCUGUGGUUUGGGGAGGGGAGCCCAAGGCACACUGCGAGGCACAGAUAGAUGCUUGGCAGCAGAUCCAAGCUUUCUUCUGCAAACACCUCAUGGGCAAGCCAUCUGGAACAUCCAGUAAGCUGUGAUGUGAGUUAGGUUACUUUACAGAUGAAAAGUCUGGUGUUUCAAAUUUGUUUUGUUAAAUGCCUCUGAAUGAGAACAAAGAACAUCAGAGAAUAAGCUGUUGGGUUUCUUGGGGGAUGAUAGUAAGCAAAGGUGUGAGGGCUGCUUCCUUUUAACACCCUUCUCUAAUGUCGUUUAGAGGUCUUGGUGCCCUGUUAUGUGUAGUAUGGGAUUACAGGCUGUAGGAAAAUGAUGGUGGUACGGUUGGAUCUGCUUUGAAUGUUAAUUUAAGCGACUCAUUAAUGAAUGUUAAUUUAAGUAACUCAUUUAAGCUGAGAAGUUGGAUGAAAAUUUGCCUUGGUUUUCUCAGAAGAAACAUUAUUUUUGCCAUUGCCCUUACCAGAGCCAGGUAUUUUGUGCUCUAUUUUUUCUUAAAGCAGCUUCUCUCUUCCUGCCUCUACUAAUCUUUCUGGUCUCCCUGUGCACAUCGUUGCUCCUUCUUCUUCUCCGACAUCGCUGAGAUGCAUCUUAGUAUCUAAUAUUUCAUUUACCAAAAGAAGCAAUACUGUGCCUGCAUCCUCAGAGAAUACAUCUCUCAUUUAUAGCCAACAACAGUCCAUAGCCUAAUGUGACGUUCUGGGCAUGUGCACUAGAAGUUUUGGAACAGUUUGUACAAACAGUUUGUACUGUACAAAACUGUACAGUUUUGGAAAGUUCAUAAGCAGGAAGAAACAACAGAAUUGGACCCAUUGGUAGUCAUACGCAGAGCUGCUGGUGGGCAUCUCCUCAGCAAGGCUGGAUAUCACCGCACAGGUCCACAGCACUGCUGGAGGGCAGUUUCUCCCUGCUUGUACAUUCCCUUCAUGCGUCCACAGCUGCCUGCUUGUAAGCGCUGAUAAAAAUAGCAAGUCUAUGAAGCUGGCAUGGCAGCUCCGUGAGGCAGCUUCGCCUUGACAUGGACUAGCGCCAUGCAGGCAGGUUGGUGGGGCUGCGUUGAGUGUGGGGAGCGGGCUGAGGCACAGGUAGCUGUGGCAGGCACUGGCCUCCGUCCCGCCAGGCCCCACAGGCCACAUUCCCUGAGGAAUGGGGGCCAGCGGAGCGCUUCCCACCCGCUGCCUGCGGAUAUCCCGUAACGCCUGGCACCCGAGUGCGAGUCUGGGACGAGCAGCACUGAAUGGCACCCGUGGGGUGCUGGUGGUCUACGCUGCUGCGUACAAGUCAGUUUUUAACGCGUCGGUCCUGCAGCCCCGAGCUGGGUGGCUGUGGUCUGGGUUGCUGUUCGUGUUGAGGUGAAUUCUUUAUGCGUUUUGCCUUCACAAUCUUUUUAACGGAUUAAAAAGAAACGUUAACCAGGG